AUGGAGAAGCUAACAAGGCAAACCAUGUUUUGCAGUUUCUUCUCUCUUGUCCUUUUGCUUUCAGUUACAUGCCCAUCAACAUGCCAAGAAGUUGAGAAUGAGAUCGAGUUCAGUUAUAAACGCGGCAGUGAGAAUGGACCGGAACGUUGGGGAGAGAUUCAUCCGGAAUGGAGUUUGUGCAGCAAUGGAACCAUGCAGUCUCCUAUUGAUCUGUCGAAUGAGAGAGUUGAAAUUGUUUCUUACUUGGGGAGACUGAAGAGGGAUUACAAACCCUCUAAUGCAACUCUUAUAAAUAGAGGCCAUGACAUAAUGGUAAGGAGAGAACAAAAAGCUAUAUCUUAUGUUCUUGGAAUAGUCCCAUCUCUAAUGCAAGCCCCCUUCCAAUCCAACUUUCCUGUAUCCAUUGUGGUGGUUCAACUAGUUAUUCUUUUUCUUGGAACCAUUGCUCAUUCUUUAAUCUGA